CCGUGUAUGAAAAAUUUUACCGUUGACCAAUGAGCUGACGUAAAUACCACGGACCCUUCACGCUACCCACAUCUCUUGUAGGCUUGUAUCCCAAAGCAUCCACAGAAAUCUAGCAACACACACUCUAAUCAUGGUGUCCGAAGCUCCCAAGGAUCCUAGGGAAGAAGUCAUCCAAGCAUGGUACAUGGAUGACAGUAAUGAGGAUCAGAGGCUUCCUCAUCACAAGGAACCUAAAGAAUUUGUUUCUCUGGAGAAACUUGAUGAACUUGGGGUUCUGAGUUGGAAAUUGGAUGCUGAUAACUAUGAAACUGACGAGGAAUUGAAGAAAAUUCGUGAAGCUAGAGGAUAUACCUACACGGAUUUCUGUGAGGUAUGCCCUGAAAAGCUUCCAAAUUAUGAUGAGAAGAUUAAGCAUUUCUUUGAGGAACAUCUGCACACUGAUGAAGAAAUCCGCUAUUGUGUAGCUGGAAGCGGGUAUUUUGAUGUGAGGGAUCUUGAUGAUAAAUGGAUACGUGUAUGGGUGAAGAAAGGUGCUAUGAUUGUAUUGCCUGCAGGAAUUUACCAUCGGUUUACUCUGGAUUCAGACAAUUAUAUUAAGGCCAUGAGACUGUUUGUUGGUGAUCCAGUUUGGACACCCCAUAACCGCCCUAACGAUGAUCUGGCUGCCAGGAAGGAGUAUCUUGAAAAUUUCGUGAACAAGGGCACUUCUAACCAGGUCUUUGAUGCUACAGCAUGAGCCACUUUCUUCAGACAAAACUAGGUGUUGAUAAAGUUAUGCUGGAAAUCUACAAAUACCAUGCUGUUGAUGAUGCAGAAUGAACAGCUUGCUGUAGAGAAAAAUAAAGAUAUUGAACUGUGUAAUUGCGUUGUAUGUCUACAAGUGCAGAUAUGUAUUGGUGAGGGGAUCUUGUAGAAUUUUAAUUUGCUUAUGGACUACUUCUGUAAAUUGGCCAUUUAUGUUGGUGUUUGGCUCAUUGGAGCACAAUAAUAAUAAUGUAACACCUCAAAUUUGCUCUUAUUUCAUUGGGGUUUCAAUCAGUUUUUGGGACAA